UCCUUUGGACAAAGCACCGUAAAAGUCUCCCCCCAGCAAUUCCUCUCUCAAUUACGCGCUUCCCGCUGUCCCUUCCUCUAUCCAUCUUUCUCUCUCAUCUGACUUCAUUUGACCAAACCAGAUGGGCAACUGCAGCAGCAGCAGUCUCCCCUCCACCUUCUCCGCCAACGCCUCUGACCCUUCCGCCGCAUCCCGCCCUCCUCCUCCUUCCAAUGGCAUCACGGUCUACCCACCAUCUGCCUCUCCCCCGCCUCGCCAUCCACCACCGCAUUCACUACAACCCACCAAUCGCCCCUCCUCCGCAAAUCCCGCCGUCGGCCGAGUCCUCGGUCGUCCCAUGGAGGAUGUCCGCAACACAUACACAUUCGGCCGCGAGUUGGGUCGUGGCCAGUUUGGAGUCACCUAUCUCGUUACCCACAAGGAAACCAAGCUGCAGUUCGCCUGCAAAUCUAUAGCCACCCGCAAACUCAUCAACCGCGAUGACAUUGAAGACAUCCGCCGGGAGGUCCAGAUCAUGCACCACCUCACUGGUCACAGGAAUAUAGUUGAGCUUAAGGGAGCAUAUGAGGAUAAGCACUCGGUGAACUUGGUGAUGGAACUAUGCGCGGGAGGGGAGUUGUUUGACCGGAUCAUAGCAAAAGGUCAUUAUUCAGAGAGGGCAGCAGCCAAUCUGUGUAGGCAGAUCGUGACUGUCGUGCAUAAUUGUCAUUCCAUGGGAGUUAUACAUAGGGAUUUGAAGCCUGAGAAUUUCCUUUUCUUGAGUACCGAUGAAAAUUCCCCUUUGAAGGCUACUGAUUUUGGUCUCUCUGUGUUCUUUAAGCCAGGUGAUGUAUUUAAAGACCUUGUUGGAAGUGCAUAUUAUGUAGCUCCUGAAGUACUACAUCGAAAAUAUGGAGCAGAGUGUGAUAUUUGGAGUGCUGGGGUCAUACUGUAUAUUCUUCUUUGUGGGGUCCCUCCCUUUUGGGGAGAGACUGAACAGGCAAUAUUUGAUUCUGUUCUCCGGGGACAUCUUGAUUUCUCAUCUGACCCAUGGCCUUCCAUUUCAAGCAGCGCUAAAGAUCUUGUGAAGAAGAUGCUAAGAGCUGAUCCUAAGGAUCGACUUUCAGCAGUAGAAGUCCUAAAUCAUCCAUGGAUGCGAGAAGAUGGUGAUGCAUCUGAUAAGCCGCUUGAUAUCGCUGUGUUAACUCGAAUGAAACAAUUCAGAGCAAUGAAUAAACUUAAAAAGGUAGCUCUAAAGGUAAUUGCUGAAAACCUUUCUGAGGAAGAAAUUAUGGGCUUGAAGGAAAUGUUCAAAUCCAUGGACACAGAUAACAGUGGAACAAUCACUUAUGAAGAGUUGAAAGCAGGUCUUCCAAAAUUGGGUACCAAGCUUUCUGAGUCUGAAGUGAGGCAAUUAAUGGAAGCGGCCGAUGUGGAUGGAAAUGGAACGAUUGAUUACAUUGAGUUUAUAACAGCUACUAUGCACAUGAAUAGAGUGGAAAGAGAAGACCACUUAUACAAGGCUUUUGAGUAUUUUGACAAGGACAAAAGCGGGUACAUCACAAUGGAAGAGUUGGAGCAUGCUCUUAAGGAAUAUAAUAUGGGGGACACAAAAACAAUAAAGGAAAUCAUUGCAGAAGUUGACACCGACAAUGAUGGAAGAAUUAACUAUGAGGAGUUUGUAGCCAUGAUGAGAAAAGGCAAUCCAGAGUUGGUCACCAACAGAAGGCGCAAAUAAGCUUCAAGUUUUGCUUUCUAAUGGCUUAAUCGUUUGUGAAACACCAACCCCAUUUUCCCCUUUCUUUUUCUUUUUCUUUCCUUUUUGUACUGUAGUUGAGAUACCAUUCAUAGCAUCAAUUAACGGACCUUGGAUUGCACAGCAAUCACUGCCUUGCGAGAUCCUUGGUGGUUUGCCAUGCAUGGCCUUUGCACAGAGAAAUAGGCUUCAAUGGCACCGGAUGUGGGAAGAUUGUUCUCCGUUAUUGGUGGCACGUAUGUUUCUUAGGCCGUGUGUAUGAAUGCAUAUGGACGCAGAAAUGGUUCCACUUUAUAUUUACGGCUCUGGUUUUGUAAUUGGGCUUAUGUUGAUGCCUGCUUGAUUUCCUCUUUUAGUCUAUCAAUCAAAGAAUGAAAUUUAUUUUAAUAA